CCGGGGUCCCGGAAGCCGCGCCAGCCUGUGUCCCCGGCGCGCUCCCGUGGAGCGGCCGAGGAGAGCGAGCGGCCGCGCCUGACGCCCACCGAGGACUAGGAGGGACCAAGCUGCGCCGACUGCGCCCGCGGAUUCGCCAUGGGCCCUGCGCCGACCGGGUGGCUGCUGCUGGGCGCCGUGACAGUGGGACUGGUAACCCACAGCGUCUUGGCGGGUGUGAAGAAGCUCGAAGUGCCCUGCGGAGGAAGAGACUGCAGCGGAGGCUGCCAGUGUUACCCCGAGAAAGGAGGCCGCGGUCAGCCCGGGCCAGUGGGCCCCCAAGGCUUCAGUGGGCCACCAGGACUGCAAGGAUUCCCAGGGCUGCAGGGCCGCAAGGGUGACAAGGGCGAGCGAGGCUCCCCUGGGACGCCAGGACCCAAAGGAGACGUGGGCCCAAGAGGUGUUUCUGGAUUUCCUGGAGCUGACGGAAUUCCCGGACAUCCAGGCCAAGGUGGACCCAGGGGAAGGCCUGGAUAUGAUGGCUGCAAUGGAACCAGGGGUGACACAGGCCCACAGGGGCCCUCGGGCUCUGAGGGAUUCCCCGGCACACCCGGGCCGCAAGGACCCAAAGGACAGAAAGGUGAACCUUAUGCGCUACCUCCAGAAGAACGUGACAGAUACAGGGGCGAGACUGGAGAGCCCGGGCUGGUCGGCUUCCAGGGACCUCCCGGCCGCCCUGGGCCCGUGGGGCCGAUGGGUCCAGUCGGAGCUCCGGGAAGACCAGGGCCUCCCGGACCUCCAGGGCCAAAAGGACAGCCGGGCAACCGAGGACUUGGUUUUUAUGGAGAGAAGGGUGAAAAGGGUGAGCAGGGCCUGCCCGGACCCAAUGGGAUUCCCUCGGACACCACCCACCCCAUUGUGGCGCCCACGAGCUCAACCAUCCUCCCGUACAAGGGUGAAAAGGGCAGCCAGGGUGAACCCGGAAUGACAGGCAUCUCGUAUAAGGGUGAAGAAGGGAUCGUGGGCUUCCCUGGAACGCGGGGCCCUCCAGGCUUAGAUGGCGAGAAGGGACUCCCAGGGCAGAAGGGAAGCAGGGGCCACGAUGGCUACCAAGGCCCCGACGGAGCCCAAGGACAAAAGGGAGAAAUAGGUGAACCCGGACUCCCAGGCCCGCCAGCCUACUCACCUCAUCCUGCCCUGGCCAAAGGUGUCAGAGGUGACCCAGGAUUCCAGGGGACUUAUGGAGAGCCAGGAAGCAGGGGCGAGCCCGGAGAGCCCGGCCUACCAGGCCCUCCCGGCCUGCCCGCCGGAGACCGCGGUGACAGGAGAGGCCUGACCGGCGAGAUGGGACCCAAAGGCUUCACCGGAGACCCGGGCAUCAUCGCGCCCGUGCCGGGGCCCAAGGGAGCUGAUGGGAGGCCGGGCCUGCCAGGUCGCCCAGGGCCUCCUGGCCCACCAGGACCAGAUGGUUUCCUGUUCGGCCUGAAAGGAGCACCAGGGAGCCGGGGCUACCCGGGACAUUCCGGUUUCCCGGGGUUGCGAGGGCAGAAGGGAUGGAAAGGUGAUGCUGGAGACUGCAGAUGUGCCGGAGGCGAUCAGUUCAUUCCGGGGCUGCCAGGACUCAAGGGUUUCCCAGGUGCCAAUGGGGAGCCAGGCAGAAAAGGGGAGCCGGGAGACCCUGGCCAGCAUGGCAUCCCUGGGUUCCCAGGGUUCAAGGGAGCCCCUGGCAACGUUGGAGCCCCUGGGCCUAAGGGAGCGAAAGGCGAUGUCAGGGCAGUCACCACCAAAGGUGAGAAGGGGCAGCCUGGCAUCCCCGGAGUGCACGGCAUGAAGGGUGACGAUGGGACCCCAGGCCGCGAUGGGCUGGAUGGCUUCCCUGGACUUCCGGGGCCUCCCGGCGACGGCAUCAAAGGCCCUCCAGGAGAUGCCGGUUACCCAGGAGCUCCCGGGACCAAGGGGAUCCCAGGAGAGACGGGACUCCCAGGACUAGGCUUGCCAGGCCCCAAGGGAGAGCAGGGCUUCCCCGGAGAUGCAGGGUUCCCCGGUCCCCCGGGCCUCCCGGGUCCUCCGGGCCCCCCAGGCAGCCCAGGACAGACAGACUGUGACACGGGUGUGAAAAGGCCCAUCGGAGAUGACAGGCAGGAGUCCGUGCAGCCAGGUUGCAUCGGAGGCCCCAAGGGAUCACCUGGCCGGCCUGGCCCUCCUGGCGUCCCAGGUGACAAAGGCCCCAGAGGAAUCCCUGGAUUCGCAGGAGAGGAUGGACCACAAGGGCUCAAGGGCUUCCCCGGGGACCCAGGCCGUGAUGGGUUACCCGGACCCCCAGGGAUCAUAGGACCCCGCGGAUCCAAAGGUGCUGUGGGCCGUCCAGGUCCCGACGGACUCCAGGGCCCUGAUGGCUUGCCAGGCACUGUGGGUGCCCCUGGGGACAGGGGCAUUCCCGGAGAGGUGCUAGGGGCCGAGCCUGGGAGCCGGGGAGAUGCUGGGCUUCCUGGACAGCCUGGCCUGAAAGGUGUCCCUGGAGAACGUGGACCCCCUGGGUUCAGAGGUAGCCAGGGCAUGCCCGGUAUGCCAGGGCUGAAGGGCCAGCUGGGACUCCCCGGGCCUUCAGGCCUGCAGGGACGGCCCGGACCACCAGGAAGACAUGGAUUCCCUGGAGCUCCCGGCCCAGAGGGGCCCUUGGGGCUGCCUGGUGUCCCUGGCAGGGAAGGUCUGCGCGGGGACAGGGGCGAACCUGGUGACACGGGUGCCCCAGGCCCUGUGGGGAUGAAAGGUCUGGCUGGGGACAGAGGCGACGCCGGUGCCGGGGGUGAUCGAGGCCAUCCAGGAACCCCUGGGUUUAAAGGCAUUGUUGGGAUGCCCGGCAGCCCCGGGCACAAAGGGGAGAGAGGCUCGCCCGGCAUGGACGGCUUCCAAGGCAUGAUCGGGCUCAAAGGAAGACCCGGGGUCCCGGGCACCAAGGGCGAGGCCGGGCUUUCAGGGCAGCCGGGUGUGAGAGGCCCACCAGGCCAGCGCGGCGGCAAAGGCACUCGAGGGGACCCUGGCCCCCCAGGUCCCCCUCCCGCCAUCCUGCCUGUGAUAAAGUACCUGAAGGGGGAGAAAGGCGACGAAGGGCCCAUGGGGCUGAAAGGUCACCUGGGCUUGAAAGGUAUCCAAGGCAUGCCAGGGGUCCCAGGACAGGCAGGAGUCCCGGGGCUGCCUGGAAGGCCGGGCCUCAUCAAAGGAGUCAAAGGCGACAUCGGCGUGCCUGGCUCACCUGGUCUGCCAGGCUUCCCUGGAGUGGUCGGCCCUCCUGGGAUCGUAGGCUUUCCAGGCUUCACGGGCAGCCGGGGGGACAAGGGCGCUCCAGGAAGAGCAGGCCUAUACGGUGAGGCCGGCCAGCCUGGGGAUUUCGGUGACACUGGGGACACAAUCAAUUUACCAGGAAGCCCAGGCCUGAAGGGAGAGCGUGGCCUCACCGGGACUCCAGGUCUGAAGGGAUUCUUCGGAGAGAGAGGUACCCAGGGCGAGGUCGGCUUCCCUGGCAUCUCAGGCCUGGCUGGACCCCAGGGUCCACCCGGAAUCAAAGGACAGACAGGCUUCCCAGGACUAACAGGGCUGCAAGGACCGCAGGGAGACCCGGGGCAGAUCGGAUUCCCCGGGGAUAAAGGAGAUGACGGUUGGCCCGGCGUGCCAGGCUUGCCAGGUUUCCCAGGACUGCGUGGCAUAGGCGGACUGCACGGCCUGCCUGGCCCCAAGGGCUCCCCGGGGUCCCCAGGUGCUGACAUGCCCGGAGACCCAGGCUUUCCUGGCUCCAUUGGGGACAGAGGUGACCGUGGAGAGGCCAACACUUCCCCAGGCCCCACGGGCGUCCCUGGGCAGAAGGGAGAGCAGGGAGCUCCAGGGGAGCGAGGCCCAGCUGGGAGGCCCGGGAUCCAAGGCUUUCCCGGCAUCAGCCCUGCGUCCAACAUCUCCGGGCUGCCGGGGGACUUGGGGUCUCCAGGGAUCUUUGGCCUGAAAGGUUACCCAGGCCCCCAGGGGCCCCCUGGACCCCCUGCCCUGCCUGGAAGCAAAGGCGACUCAGGGAGCGCCGGAGCCCCGGGGUUCCCAGGAACCAAAGGAUGGGGUGGGGACCCAGGGCCCCAGGGCCAACCGGGCGUGUUUGGUGUCCCAGGAGAGAAAGGGCCCAGGGGUGACCCUGGACUCAUGGGCAACACAGGACCUACUGGGACUGUGGGCGACAGAGGCCCUAAGGGACCCAAAGGAGAUCUGGGAUUCCCCGGAGCCCCUGGUUCUGUGGGGUCCCCUGGAAUUGCUGGAAUCCCCCAGAGGAUCUUGGCUCCGGCUGGCACAAUAGGGCCUGAGGGCAGGAGGGGUCCUCCAGGGGCACGAGGGGAGAUGGGGCCUCAGGGCCCUCCUGGAGAACCAGGUUUUCGUGGGGUGCCAGGGAAGCCCGGACCCCAGGGGCGCGGCGGCGUAUCUGCUUUGCCUGGCUUCAGGGGAGACCCAGGACCCGUGGGGCAGCAGGGCCCACUUGGCCAAGAAGGGGAGCCAGGCCGCCCAGGGAGCCCAGGGCUGCCCGGCAUGCCCGGCCGCAGCGUCAGCAUCGGCUACCUGCUGGUGAAACACAGCCAGACCGACCAGGAGCCCAUGUGCCCGGUGGGCAUGAACCGGCUGUGGAGCGGCUACAGCCUGUUGUACUUUGAGGGACAAGAGAAGGCCCACAACCAGGACCUGGGGCUGGCCGGCUCCUGCCUGGCUCGCUUCAGCACCAUGCCCUUCCUCUACUGCAACCCCGGCGAUGUCUGCUACUACGCCAGCCGCAACGACAAGUCCUACUGGCUGUCCACCACCGCCCCGCUGCCCAUGAUGCCCGUGGCUGAGGAUGACAUCAAGCCCUACAUCAGCCGCUGCUCUGUGUGCGAGGCGCCGGCCGUGGCCAUCGCAGUGCACAGCCAGGACGUGUCCAUCCCGCACUGCCCAGCAGGCUGGCGCAGCCUGUGGAUCGGGUACUCCUUCCUCAUGCACACGGCAGCUGGGGACGAGGGCGGCGGCCAGUCACUGGUGUCUCCAGGCAGCUGUCUGGAGGACUUCCGUGCCACACCAUUCAUUGAGUGCAACGGGGCCCGAGGGACCUGCCACUACUUUGCCAAUAAGUACAGCUUCUGGCUGACCACCAUCCCUGAGGCCAGCUUCCAGGGUACACCAUCUGCCGACACGCUCAAGGCUGGCCUGAUCCGCACCCACAUCAGCCGCUGCCAGGUGUGCAUGAAGAACCUCUGAGGGCCGCCACCGGGCCGGCGUGGUGCUCAACCCCCUUACCUCGGACGCCGGCCGGGUAGCCCCAUCCUCUCCCAAGCCAGCAACCCUCACCUGCCCGAGGGCAGGAACACAGCAAGCCAAGUGGACGCCACACUAGCAGGUGCAGAACUGCCCACCGUGGCCCAGCCUGUCCAUCUGGGUCUCUGCACUGUGGGCAGCUGUGACUUCCUAACCUCUGCGCCAGCUGGGCUGCCAGGGUCCCCUUUCUGAGAUCCUGCAGUGGUGGCCAGCUCUGUGACCUGAGCUCUCCCAGCUGUACCAACAUGUACCUUUCUUGCGCCCACACCUGACACUGACAGCUACUGGGGGAGACGUGGCCAAGGGAGGUGGCGUCCUGGCCCACAUGUACCUGGCCCCUGUCCAGUCCCCACAGCCAGCUGCCCUCCCAAUGCCCAUUCCGUUUAACAGCCUUAAAAUAAAAGUUGGUUUUAAACAUUUGUAAAA